ACCACAACUUCCCUUUUGUUGGCCUCUGAUGUGCUUUACACAUCUGUUCACUGAAAGUUGUCUUUGGAGGUGUGCGUCCCGUGAGGUUGUACGCAGAAGCAAAGCCAAGAUUUGAAAAUGAUGAUGAUGAAGGUGGGGUUGCCCUUCUCUCUUCUUUCUAUCUGGCUCAGCUUCGGUAGUGCUGAUGCGAUGAGUUUGAAGGAGCCGCAGAUUUGCUACAUCUUGGACGCGGUUCUGCUCAUCUAUGGGAUCGUUCUCACGGUCCUGUACUGCAGAAUGAAGAUGCGAAGCAAACAAGCAGAAAAACGUGCAGGGAAGAAAGAAGGCGGCGAAGGCGUUUAUGAGGGUCUCAAGCCUCACAAUCAGGACACGUACGAGACCAUCAAAAUGAAAAAAGGCAAAAAAUGAGACUCGAGGCUAAAGGAGGAAAGCAAGUUUCUGGACUGGUCAUCUUAAGCAUGUCUCUGUAAAUAAGCUCUCAUAAGAAUAUUUUGUUUAUACUGAAAUAACUUUUGGUAAUCACUUGCAUCAGGCUUUUUGUUUGCUGUUAGUUUGGCAGGCAGACACCGAUAAUCAAACGAUUGUGUGAUUAUUCUAUUUGUUUAAUAUAGUUUAGUUUUAAUUUUUUUUGAUGAAUGUAUCUUUGUUUGCUUUUAAACUACAUUUGAAGCUUCUGAGAUGUCUACCACAGCUGCGUGUCACUAUUUUUCGAGGCUAACUUCCUGCUCUAGCUUCAACAUGCCACCAACAAACACCACAGAGUCCGAGUCAUUUCCUGUUUUAAAGAGUACAUGAGUGGUCUGACAAAAAGUGCAUCUGACUUUGACCACAGGUGUGAGAGAUGGAAACAGAGCUGCGUUUGGUUGUAUACGUGUGGAGGCCUUUUCUUUCCACUGGUUUAAUAAGCACUCAUAUUGUUCUGCUGUGUGGCGCAAUACAUUUUUUCUGCUACACGUGACUUCUGAGAAAACAAU